AUGCACUGUAACUCUCUGAUAAGAGUAAUGAUAAUAAUAAUAGUAAUCUCUUCAUUCCAAACAACGUGUAUGGUAUAUUAUACAAUUUUCGAUUUCCGUACUAAAUUGCGUUUGUAUAAAGGUAUUAAUAACAGUAUAGAAGGCAUAAGUGUAAAGUGGGCAGCUAGUAUUACUGUAGUAUCUGUUCUAGAAUCAGAAAUGAACACAAAAUCAAGUUUCAAUUUCAGUGGAGACAGUUCAGUCAGCCAGCACAGGAAUUCACAAUCAUAUACAGGAAUAGUAAUGUGGUGUAUUUUUAAGCAUUUAUAAAUCCAAUUCUAG